UCUGAAUGGAGUGUCUUUAACAUUAGAGUGGAGGACUUAACUUUCAGCGUGAAAAAUAUGAGAGCCAUGCAUUCGGUCCUUGUCGGUGCCUUCCUGACCCUGCUGCUCUGCCUCCCCAGCCCUGGUCAUGGAGAAUCCUACUUUGGGGACAGCUACUGCAGUUUACAAGCCUUCCAAGAUGUCUCCACCUUCCAGCUGUCACUACAGAUCAAGACAAGCCGGAGAAGUGGGCUGCUGUUAUUGGCUGCAGGAAUGGAGGACUACCUGUUCCUUGAGCUUCAAAACGGGAAAGUUCAGGCACGGAUGAACAUGGGGGCUGGCGAGGUAAAGCUGACCUCAUCCCAAGGAGUACAGCUGAACAACCUUGUGGACCACAAAAUCACACUCACUCUGCAAGAUGGCCAACUCACCAUGACAAUUGAUGAGCUCUUCCCGACAUAUGUUCCUAUGGAUGCGGAGGGCGAACAGCUCAACAUUGACCUUGGCAUUUGGCUUGGAGGGACAGGAGAGCUGGAUGCUCCCUACCUCAGCAAUGCAAUACCCCCUUUCCGCGGCUGCAUGACUCAGGUCAAGUUUGAGUCCCACCAGUUUGAUAUUCUCAGCACGGCAUUCAAACAGUGCCACGACACAAAGGAAUCCUGCAGUAGUGAGUUUGAGGCCGGUGAUGGGGAGGCGACUAGCUUCAGCACACCUGACUCCUUUGUGUCCUUCCCUACCUGGAGCGCAACUAAUGGUGCUCCAAGGGUCUUAGAAGUCCUGAUGAAAACCACCAUUGAGGAUGCGUUACUUGCUUUCCACCCUGGCCGAGAGUCAGACUUCAUUGCAAUUGGUGUUGUGAAAGGCUUUCUCAAAGGUGUGCUGGACCUCGGCAGUGGUACGGAGGUACUGGAGAAUACCCAGGUGCAGCUGGAUGAUGAUCAGUGGCAUAGAGUUAAGGUUCAAGUCAGUCAGGAUUCUUUUGUCAUCAUGGUAGACAGCCAGUCUUCCUCCCUCCCUCUCGACCCAACACAAAAAUUGGACUUGGUUGGAAACUUGUAUUUAGGAGGCAUCCAGGGAAAAAUGAAGGAUGUGUUUCGUGACAGCGGGUCCUUGAAUCGUGCAGAGGAGGAAAUGACAGCCGAAUCUUUCAUUGGUUGCUUGGGGGAAAUCAAAGUAAAUCAGAAGGAUAGAAGCCUGCAGGAUGCUUUGGUUACUAAAGAUGUCCAUGUUAAAUGUGAAGGAGAGGACUAUGAUUACUCAAGUUACUAUGACACAGAUGCAACGACCUCUCCACCUGUUCAGUUCCCAUAUGGUGAUACAGACGUCAACGAACACCAUUGCAACCCAACAGAUGACAUGCCAGAAAUAUUCAGAAAUGUAACAAAACUUCUUGAUGUCGCCCCAUUGUUUGUGCCAGAACGUGGGGAAGCCCUUCUUGAUGUCAACAACCUAAGCCCUACGUUUGACCUCAGCGCUGCAGGAAUUCGUCAGUCUGAAAUCAUUUUCACUCACCAGAGUGAUCCCUGGUAUGGCUUGGUUGAUAUAAACACCAACACAAGACGCACACGAAAGUUCACCCUCCUCGAUGUUUUCAAUAAGAAAAUUAAGUACAUGCACGAUGGAAAUGAAAGGCAUGCAGACCAAAUCCAGCUGCAGGUGGUUGCUCAAAGUAACAGUUACCUUCCUGAAUGUUUAAAAGCUCCUCAGGAGUAUGUCCUCCCAGUUGAAAUUCUUCCUGUCAAUGAUAUACCACAAAUUGGUGGAGGAGAAAUCACCAUCACAGAAUAUGGAAGAACUCGUCUGAGUCCCAGCCUUAUCAAAAUGACGGAUUCUGACACCCGCUGUGAUGAAUUAGUAGUAACUGUAACCUCAGAGCCUUCCAUGGAGGUUGGUUACUUAGAAAAUGGUGAGCAGCCUGGAAGAAGCAUCUCAGAGUUCACUUGCAAGGAAUUGAAAAAUGGAAAUAUCUAUUUCGUACAUAGAGGGGGUAGUGAGGCUGGAAUUACCUUGGAGGUGUCUGAUGGACAAUCAGUAAGCCAUUCGACUACUUUUAACUUAGCUGUGACACAGCCACACAUGACUAUGGUCACCAACACUGGACUCCUCUUGUCUCAAGGAAGCAACUCAUCCAUUGGUGUUCAAAAUCUGGCUGUCAUCGCUCAUCCUCGCAAUGGAGAUGUUAUGUUUAAUGUCACACAACCUUUGGUAUAUGGAGAACUACAGAUCAUGUCAAGAGAUGGAAUGUAUGAGCAGGUUACUACCUUCCAUCAAUCUGAUCUGGAUCAAGCCCGCCUUAGAUAUGUCAGCACAGACUCGGCUGACCAGGAGGACGUUGUGAGCGAGCGGAUUCAGUUCAACGUCCACUUAGGGCAGUUCUCCCUCUGGAAUCAAAACUUCUUGGUCAAGAUCAUGCCUGCAAAGGUGAUAGUUUCUAACCUGGUCCCACUGGAGAUGGAGGCCGGUGAAGAGCAAACAAUUGGACUCACAGAGCUUCAAGCUGAAGUUAGAGGGGAAAACCCAGAUCCACAAACUGUGAAAUACAUCCUCGUCAAGUCUCCAACACUUGGUAGUCUCAAGUUGUCAGGCAGAGAGUUGGCUGAGGGUGAUGUCUUCACGCAGAAGGACAUUUUGGACAGCAGUGUCAGCUACAAAGUGCGUGUGCAAAGAGCUGUGGAUAGUAUAGACCAGUUCCAGUUCAGAGUCCUUGCUGAUGAUCAGUACUCCCCUCUCUACACCUUCCCAAUUACCAUCCUCGCCAAUGCAGAUGCUCCUGUUUUGACCAAUGAGAGGUUGGUUGUCUUGCAGGGUGGUGAGCAUACUCUGAGCAAAAACUACCUUUGGAUGCAAUCUGCUGGUUCUACAGAUUUUGUGUACAGGGUCACACAGGGGCCAAAGUAUGGGCGACUGAUAAGGGACUCCCCACCCGGACAGCCAAGAUUCGAAGGGGCAAUAAGAAUAUUCAGCAAUGAAGACCUCCAGUUUGACAGGCUUAUUUACAAGCAUGAUGGCUCCAAGACAAGCAGUGAUGAGUUCCGUUUUUCAGCAUUUGAUCAAGGAGCAGGAAGUUCAGGCACUGAGGAAGCAAUUAGUGGAAUUUUCAGGAUAUCUAUCCAAUCCAAGAACGAGCAUGCUCCUGUGAGGGUUGUAGAUAAGGUCUUCAAUAUAGUUCGCCACGGUCAGCGUCUGCUAACAACUGAUGUCAUUCAGUUUAAGGAUGAUGACUCCGGUUUCAAUGACACCCAAAUUGUCUACGCCCGUGAAGGAAUCCUCUCAGGCAACAUUGUCUCAAGAACUCAUCCCUCACAGUCCCUUUUCCGUUUCACACAAGCUGACCUAAGAGAUAAGAACGUCCUCUUCAUUCACCACGGAGCAGACCGGGAACGCUUCUCCCUGCAGGUGUCAGAUGGUUUCCAUAAGACCACCGCGCUGCUUGACAUCCAGGCAAGUGAACCCUACCUGCGAGUCGUAAACAACACAAUCAUUGUCAUCGAUCAUGGAAGCACCAAGACCCUUAACACCACUCUGUUGAGCGCCGACACCAACAUGGAUAUCAGAGAUGACAUUGACAUCAAGUUCCAGGUCACGUCGCCGCCCAGCGACGGCAGGAUUAUUGUGAGUGGGAUUGAGGCUUCAGAGUUCACCCAGGAGGACCUGAAGAAAGGCGUUGUGUCAUAUGAGCAUAAUUAUGAGAGUCUGAGGUCCAAGGACUCCUUCAGUUUCACCGUUCAAGCCAGAGGACAUUCUGAAGAGGGCACGUUCAGGAUUAAAAUAUUCAAGCAAGGUUAUCCCUCUGAACCUGAGGUGGUCACCAAUGAGGUCAUCAUUUUGUAUGAGGGAGAGCACACCAUAAUCAGCAAGGAAAAUCUCAAGGUGGACCAAGCUGAUAUUCUGCCGACAGAAAUGGUGUUCACCAUUAAAGAGUCUCCUCGCCUCGGUCACGUGGUCAAGCUGACAAACAGCUCAGACAGCACAGCCUCUCCUGUCCUCGACUACAUUGACUCCUUCACUCAAGAGGACGUUGAUCAGGGACGCAUUCUCUACGUGUCUGCAUCCAUCCAGGGCAAUGACGCCUUCACAGUGGACGUCAGCAAUGGUUUCACUACGGUGGAGGACCUGCACAUUUCUGUGAACAUUGUGCCCCGGCUCAUCCCCCUCCAGACCUUCAACUUCACAGUGAAGGAAGGCCUCAGCAGGGUGAUUAACGCAGAGAUUGUUAACAUCUCGCAUCCCUUCUACAGCUCAGCAAACAUUGACUUUGUUGUGGAAGAGCCACCGCAGCACGGGGACCUCCGUUACCUGGAUGGAGAUGAACUUUCCUACUUCACAUGGGAAGAGAUGAAACUUGGACACAUCUACUACAUGCAUGACAGCACCGAGAGCACAGAGGACAGUUUUACACUCUCUGCCUCGGCUUAUGAGAUUGAGCGCCAGAGCCUCCCUGUCACCAUCUCGGUGACUGUCAUACCAGUCAACGAUGAGCCGCCAAAACUGACACGUAACACAGGACUGGAGGUUCUUGCUGGUGAGGAAGCUGAUAUCACCACCAGCAUGCUGAACACUGAGGACGCUGAUACACCUGCAGAGGAACUGGUUUACCAGGUUGAUGCGCCAACCAAUGGGAUGGUGGCAUUGAAAGAGGCGCCCGAGGAGAGCAUCCUAAACUUCACGCAGGCUCACGUUAACAGAGGAGAGGUCAUCUUCAUUCACGAGGGUGAGGAGUCUGGCAGUUUCAGUUUCACGGUGACAGACGGAGAGCACACUUCCCCUCUCUACCAAUUUGUUGUCACAGCCAGGCCUCUCACCAUCACCAUGGUAACGCAGGAGGAGCUCAUGGUAUUUCCAGGAACAAGGCAGUCUAUCACGAGUGCCAAUCUGGGGGCUGUAACCAAUGAGGAUGGAAAUGAGAUAAGCUACUCUCUUAUCCGCCCACCUCGUUUGGGAAGACUCAUCUUGGCCAAUGACAGGAACCAGUACGAGGAAAUUACUCGCUUCUCGCAGACGCAGCUGGAGUCAGGAGCGAUCUACUAUGAGCACCAGAUACCUGAGGAGCCUUUUUGGGUGGUGAGGGACUCUGUAGAUCUCACUCUGUCAUCCCAACCGGCCCCUGAUGUCCGUCACAUCCUGCCCAUCACCAUCUCUUACUAUGCUGCUCACAGCAACAUCUCGUCCCAGCUGUGGAAGAACAAAGGUUUGGAUAUUGUGCAAGGCCAGAGGAAAGCCAUUGACAAUUCAAUUCUUGAUGCCUCCAACCUUCUUGCUAGCCUACCUGAAGCUAAGCAAGGAGACGCAGAUGUGGUUUUUGAGAUUAAGCGUUUCCCUGACCACGGCCGUAUCACUCUGGGUGGUCAGGACCUGCCCCGUAAUGCUCCAUCCUUCAUGCAGGAAGAUGUAAUCCAAGGAAAGCUGGAGUAUCUCCAUGAUGACUCAGGGGCUUCCUUUGACAGCUUUUCUUUCAGAGCCCGUCUGAAGUCUGAGGGUCAGGGUGUGCCCUCACCUGCCGAAGCUGUGGUCCUGGAGGAAGUAUUUAACAUCUCAAUCAAACGGCGGGGCUCUGACUCCCCCGAGCUGGUCACUAUAGACAUGCUAUUGGAGGUUCUUCAAGGCUCCAUGACCAUUCUGACCCAGAAGCAUCUAAACACGCAAGACGAGGACAGUCCGCCAGAUGAGGUGCACUUCAAAGUGACCAAAGCCCCCGGCAACGGUCGUCUGGUUGACGCACUCACGAUGGACCCCAUAUCUGAGUUCACCCAAGAGAUGGUCAACCGUGGGCAGGUGGGCUUCGUCAGCGAUGGCAGCCUUUCUGAUGGCUUUAUGGAGUUCAUCGUAUCAGAUGGAGAACACCAAACAGAGCCACACACGCUCCACAUCGGCGUCCUCGCUCGCACCCUGUUUCUUGACAAAGCCCCGGAGAUCAAGGUGAAGCAAGGCGAUGACGAGACCCUGGUGACUGAGGAGAUGUUGAAGGCCACUACUGGUGGCCCGGUCGAGGAGGACAUCCUUUACAAGAUCACAAGUGUUCCUAAGUAUGCAGCUGUCAUGGUAGACCGGCAGCCGACAUCCGCCUUCACCCAGAAGCAGAUCAAAGAAGGCAGAGUCAGUGUUCGCUUUGUUAAGUCCACUUCACCCCGAGACAGUGUUGCAUUUGUAGCCCGUAGUAGGGCUGCUAAUGUCUCCUCUGUCCUCAACAUCACAGUGCAGCCUCUGGCCAACAUCGCUCAGGAUCCUCACUUACCCCAAGGUGCUCUUGUUCAACUGGACAGGAAGCUCCUGGAUGCAACUCCCCUGGCAAACAAGACCAGAACCUCUCCGACAUUCACCGUCAUCCAGCAGCCCCAGGGGGCUCGUUUUGUGAGGUCUGGAGGUCCUGGUGCUGGUCAGCCAGUGGACACAUUCAGCCAGAAGGACCUGGAUGAGGGACGUGUAGCUAUGGAAAUCCUAAAUAGUCCUUCUGGAUCACGAGGUAGUGUCAGCCAGGAUGAGGCACGCUUCCUGCUCAAAGCCCAUGGAGUUCCUCCUGCAGAAUGUGUGCUGUCCUUCCAGACGGGCCCCUAUAAUGCCUCAGGGGUCUACCCUGCCACCCUGUUGAGGAUUCCCCAAUCAAAGGACAGUAAUGACCUCCCUGAUGUGGCCAGGGAGCCUCGUCCCACUCCAGAUAGCCCUCGCUGGAGGGGCAACAUGGACUGGCCCCACGGAGACGCCCCCACCACAGCAUCCUCUGGCUCGAGCCAUCAUGGGAAACCACGAGUUACCCGCCGCAGCAACUUCUGGUCUAUUCUCAUCCCAAUCCUGGUAAUCCUUCUCCUCUUGCUGCUGGCAGCCAUAUUGGCCUACUACCUGAUCCGUAAAAACAAGACAGGCAAGCACAACGUCCAGACGGCAUCAUCCAAGCCCAAAAACGGAGAGGUGGCAAGCGCAGAAACCUUUCGCAAAACUGACGCAGCCAAUAACAUCCCGAUGUCUAACAUGGACUCCAAAGACGCAGAUCCGGAGUUGCUGCAGCACUGUCGGACAACGAACCCGGCCUUGAAAAAGAACCAGUACUGGGUCUGAGACACUUUGAGAUAAGACACAGAGGGAGGUGGAUCCUCAAGUGUUCGGAAGUCUCCUCAAAUCAUUCCUCUCAGUAUUAAAGACCUCUUGCCACACCAGCUUAAAUGAAAUUUAACACCAUUGGUUAUUUACUUAUCUCAGCAUAACUGUGGACAAAUUCUCAGGCAACGAAACACUGAAUACUUAUUGGCAAAGAAAGAGGCAGUUUCUUAUCUAAGGAGGCUCAGGUCAUGUAUAUUUAUUUUAGUUUUAUCAUUCCUCUAUGUGGAAGGGCACAAAUGAAGACAUAAACAUGCCAUGUGUUUGCAAAAAGUAUCUUGGGUGUGCUCUGUCAUUGUAUUCCAUAUGAUAUCAUAGGCCAAUAUUAUUCAUUUGAGUGGAAAGGUGAUUUAAAGUCUUUGUGAUGUUUGUGUUUUGGUUCAUCAGUAAAGUCAAUAAGGCUUGUAAAUAGAUGAUGAGGUAAAUAUAUGUAUGCUGUAUUAUCAAGAAGAUGAAAAAGUGUCGCUUUGAGUUUUCUCUUUUAUUUUUUAAUGUUUUUAAGGUACCGUUGUAUUGUGUUUCUCAGGGCUAAAUUCAGUUUAAAGGAAUAGUACAAGAUUUUGGAAAAUAUGCUCAUUCCCUUUUUUCUUGAGAGUUAGGUGAAAAGAUUGAUGCCAAUUUAAUAUUUUUCCGUUAAAUAUGAAGCUACAGGCAAGGAAAUGUGUGGUUUAGUUCAACCUGGCUGCAUUUGAAGCACUGACCUUUUCCUGCCUUUCCUUUGAAUUCCACCAAAUGUGGGUGUUUUAAUUUUAUUAAAUUUAGUGUUUAUUUUUACAGGGACAGUGCACAAUCAAAAGUAAUUGCACCUGAGUUAGCUAGCAGUUAAUUUGCAUCUUUUGUCCCUUGGCAGGUUGAAAAAACAAAAAAGCAGUCACUAAACAGCAAGUAGCCUACACUACCCAAAAGAGGACAAUACAUGAAAGUCCAUAAAUAUGAAUAUUUCACCACAUAUAACACAAUACAUAAAAGUCCAUCAGAAUGAAAACACGGUCUUUUCCUAGGCAUUGUGCCUAAAUCUAACCAUCAUAGCCUUGUUGACAAAUUUAACACAUCAGUGGUUUAUAAAAACAUAUCAUCCAAACAUUUUUUUCUGCUUUUAGGGUUGCCUAAAUUCAGGGAGUGUGUAUUUUCAGAGGAAUUGGACUUGGGAGCAAUGGCUGUUUGUUUUUAACCAGCUGUCGCAGAGAUGGGCUUUUGGUCCAAUGGGACAUGUUAUUGGACACCUUCUGUCUGUGGCUUCAUAUUGAACAGAUGUUAGAGUGGUAUCGAUCCUCUUAUCUAACUCUCGGUUAGAGAGCGAAUAACUUAAGUUCUCAAAAUGUCUAACUAUCACUUUAAUGUCAUCACACAAUAACAUUUCACUAGUUUUACUUUUGUGUGGAAAGAAGAUAGUUUGCAACUAAAACUGUUUAAAACUUGUUGCGAUAACUUGCACAGGUUUGGUUGAAUUUAGCUCAGAGUUAUGUCAUUAUCUGUCACAUGUUAUUUUUUCUGCAUGCUUCCAUUGUGCUUGUAAAUAUUCACUGGACUGGCACAGCACUGACCGCAAAACUACACAGUACGCAGUUUGCAGACCACAGGCGGGAGGUUAUUUCGGUAGUAACGGUCUUUAAAACAUCCGUACUGGCUGACAGGCAGGGGUGAGGUCAUCUCAAACUGGGAUCUUUCCAGUUUCCGAGUCUGCAAUUAAGAAUUCAUAAAAUACUGGUUGGUGCUGGGAUGGGGAUAAUGAAUCAAACGCUCCACUGGUUAGGCUACAUUGAUGAUAAAGUGAAGGCAGAGUUUGUUUUUAAGUCUUCACAGCUAGUUUUGAUUUUAAGCAUUCCAUAUGUAAGCUAAAUAUACAGACUGUCAUAUUGAAAUGAUGAGGUUCUUUUUUUUACUAUUUAGUUUUGUUUUGUAUGUUGAAACUAAGAAGAGCAUUACUGUAAAUCAGACUCCUCCUAUUCCUCUUUAGACAUCUUUACUGUCACUCUGACCUGUGACGGUUAUCUGGUUGUUGAAUGUUGAAUGAAGUACUUAAAGUGAAGUACAGUGUGUACAAGGAGAAAAUCAGAUAACUUUUUUUUGAUCCACUAAAGAAGAGACUUAACUUUCUUUUCUGAAAACAAUUUGCUGUACAUUUCUUUUUCUUAGGACACCUUAUCUUUUGUUAGUCAUAUAUGAAUAUACAAUAAUUUCUUUUCAGUACUCAUCAAUUGAUCUUAUAUUUUUGUAGUGUUUUGAGAGGAAAUAGAGAUUAUACAGACGGCACAGAGCUCAGGAAGUGAUGUGUUUCAGGAGACUGUGUAUUUCCAAUGACAUCUCUUACAGACAGCUGAAAUAAAAGUAUUGGGUUCUCCAGGAUAUCAUAUCCACAUCUUACCAGUUGUAUGUGUAAAUAUUUGGUUUUUCAGUAAGGUUUUUGAGCUUGAUUAGCGCAUCGAAAAAAAAAUAUAUAUAUGUAUCAUGUUUUGCGUCGAUAUGUACAUGUAACUACAUUUAACUAGAUUCAUCACCUACAAAGUAUGCCUGAUUGUGUCUCUUUGUGUGCAAGUGUGUGUGUGUGUGUGUGUGUGUGUGUGUGUGUGUGUGUGUGUAUGUCCAUCACUCCUCUGUUUUCUGCUUACCGAAGGCUGAGUUCAUCGCAGAGUUUCAUCACCACCCCUCAUUUUUUCAUUAUUUAUUUUUUCUGUCACUCCCCUUACAUCACGUCAUAGUCAAAUUAUGUGCUUUGUCAAAGAUUAAAUUGUAAUCUGUAAACUGCAGGUGCCUUUAAAAGAUGAUGAUAAUACAAAGCAAUGUUAGAUGUUGGAACGAGAAAAUUGUCUAUUGCUGCAGAAUGCCUCUGAGCUUGUUCUCGGCACUAAUGGAAAUAAAAGCGUUCAUGCAACAAAA